AUGGAAAGGCUAUGGGCUAUUUUGGUUAUACGUGUUCGUCAGGGUGACCCUCUUUCUCCCAUUCUGUUUUGCUUGGCUGAAGAUGUUCUUAGUAACGCAAUCUCAAACGCUUUUAAGCAGGGGAUGGUGCAUCACAUCUCUUCUCCGAGAGGUACAAUUUCUCCUUCCCAUGUGCUGUAUGCAGAUGACAUCAUGGUCUUCUAUAGAGGAACUAAGCGUGAUGUUCAGGCUCUUAUGCGUAUUUUUGAGAAGUAUGGUCAGAAUUCAUGCCAAUUUAUUAGUGCAGCCAAGUGUACAAUCUAUGCAAGCAAACCAAGAGCCUCUCACUUUAACGAGAUUAUGGAUAAAAUCAAAAUUAAAUUUGCGGCUUGUAAAGGUAAAUCCUUAUCUAUGAUGGGAAGAGUGGAGCUUGUCAAAACCGUGAUAGCCAGUUCUGCUUUGUAUAGCUUUCAUAUCUACAAAUGGCCUUCGUCUUGCAUUCAAACUCUUGAGAAAUGGAUUAGAAACUUUGUGUGGUCUGGUGAUAUUAAUACCACACAUCAUAAUUCUGUGGCCUGGGACAAGGUGUGUCUCCCUGUGAAUGAAGGUGGUCUUGGUAUUAAGUCUAUGAGGAGUUUAAAUGAUGCUUCCCUAAUGAAAACGACUUGGAAGAUUAUGACCGUUAACUCUGUCUUUGGUAACUUUAUUAAAGUUCGUUUUAUAGGAGCUGCUUAUAAGAAGUCUUCUAUAUGGCAUGGUUUCAAAGAAUAG